AUGACAUCACUUAGUUUUACAAUCGACGACAUUCCUGAUCUGACUGGGAAGCGGGUAAUCAUCACAGGAGGAUCCUCUGGUAUUGGCCGUGCUGCUGCAAUUAUAUUUGCACGCAAGGGGGCUUGGGUUCUCAACCUCGACACAAAGCCACCCCAAGACAGUGGUUCUCACAACGUCGAAUACAGAAACUGCAAUGUUACUAGCUGGGAAGAUCUCAAAAGUGCAUUUGCAUAUGCUGGGAAUGUCGACAUUGCCGUAGCCAAUGCUGGUAUAGCAGAGGGUUCCGACUACUUGACCGAUGCAUUCGGUGCUCCCCCGGCCGAUUUACAGGAGCCAGACUACGAGCUGCUCGAUGUCAAUCUUCGAGCAGUCUUCAAUGUUACCAAAUUGGCUCUCGCCAGCUUUCGGCAGAGGGAAUGUCUAGGCAGCAUCGUCAUCACGGCAAGUGCUACCGCGUAUGCGCCGGAACAGUGUCUACCUGUAUACAGCGCCACGAAGCUCGCAUUGAUUGGUUUCGUUCGUGCUCUGAGAUCCGCCGUCGCACGCGAGGGCAUCACGGUGAACGCAGUCGCCCCCGCGGCCACCCUGACAGAUUCGCUCCCUGCGAACCUGGCUGCGCCGAUUUUGGCGGCUGGCUUACCCAUCAGUAGCGCAGAGUUUGUUGGCCUCGCCCUGGUCUACUCUGCGGUCGCGACGCAGCCGGGCAUGGUCGAGCUCUACGGCAAGGAUGCGGAUGAGCUCAAGACGAAGCAAUCGAGAUGGAAUGGCCGCACGAUUCUGACUUUGGGGGAGACGUACACGGAGUUGGAGGGCCCUAUUGCUGAUCUCAGGUCCCAGUGGAUGGGAGAGGAUAAUGCUGCGCUGACUCGGCUGCAGCAGGCGUCGACUGAUGCUCGGAUGCAUACUAGUGUUGGCCUUCUAUGA